CAUCCACAAUCCUCAACCCGUGUAUGUCAAAUAAUUCACAAGUCAAAAAUUUUACCCAAUAGAUAUCUUCCUUUUUAGCAAUAGCGAUUAGCGAAGAAGAUAAGGAAGACCAUGAUGGCAGGAAGAUGAUAAAGAAGACAACGAUGAUGAAGAAGAUGAAUAAGACAGCGAUGGUGAUCAAGAUGAAGAAGACGAUGAUAGCGAAGAAGACGACAUGGCUAGGUUAACUCGUUUCUUUACUCGAUCACCGAUACCCAGGUUCAUAGAUAAUUUGCCAUAUAUAUCUUCCUUUGUAGCAAUAGCGAUUAGCGAAGAAGAUAAGGAAGACGAUGAUGGCAAGAAGAUGAUCAAGAAGACAACGAUGAUGAAGAAGAUGAAUAAGACAACAGUGGUGAUCAAGAUGAAGAAAAUGAUGACAUUGCUAGGUUAACUCGUUUCUUUACUCGAUCAGCAUCCGGCUCUCUGCCAUCAGCAUUUUUGACUCAAAUUCUCCGCGUCUCGACAUUUUCGACGGCUCCGGAAUCUGGCCUCCUCUCGUUUUCAAAGAACCGCGAGCGAUCAUUUCUACUUCUCACCAGUGCAGAUUAAGGUUAGCUGGAACAAUUUGGAUCAAUCAUGCCGGUUGAUCCAAAGGUUGCAGGUGCCUUCGAGGCAAUGAGGAGCUUGGGCAUUGAACCAGACAAGGUUAAACCAGUACUGAGGAAGCUGCUAAAAUUGUAUAACAAAAAAUGGGAAUUUAUUGAGGAGGAUAACUAUCGUACUCUUGCAGAUGCAAUAUUUGAGGCUGAUGAUGAAAAGCCUACUGCCAAUGAACCUUCUUGUAAGAAACAAAAACGGGGCCAUGCUUCAUCUAUGGAAAAUGGCAAUAAUAAUUUAAAUCUUGGAGAGGGUGAACUUCGAGAAACGGGUGAAUCAAAGCCAGAGACUGAAUGUGGUUAUCAAGCUAUGGACAGAAGAAAGAAUCCUAUUUUAAUAGAACAAUCUGAUCAAGUCUUACCAAAUAUCACCUCUCCUGCUUCAAAUGCUUCUCCAGCUCUUCCAAACUCGGCAGAUAAUUUUCCCAACAAGCCCAUUCCUGCAUCCCAGUGCCCUAAGAAUAUGAAUAUCAAACAAGAAGGUUCAUCGUUUGAUUACAGCACCAACUUGCAAAGUAUUUUCGAUAUUGUUUCAUCUUCUUGUGGAACGGUAAAACUUGCUCUAAUACAUGAUGGUGUGUCUGCACAAUCCAACAAUUGCUGUUCAAUCAUCAAUGCUGCUCUAAAAUUAGUGGAUGACAAUUGCUUGAUGUCUUAUAAAAUUGCGGGAUUCCAGUUUUCUCUAAAGAAUUCAAUGAAAGAAGUAUGUGAAAGAUACUUGGAAGUGGUUAAUGCGCCUACUGAACCUACUGAGGGAUCUCUUGAGAAAAAAAACACUGCCAGUUGUCUGCAGAAUAACUUGUGUUCAAAUGGGGAACCUCUCAGAGUGGAUCACUCGGAGAGAAAUUCAAUGAGAAAAGGUUUAAGAUCUGCAUCUUCUUCACGUUGUUUAGUUGCGCAAGAGCAACCUGUAAACCGUGAUAAGAAAAAACCUUUAAAGAUCUGUGACAUAACAAAUGGUACUGAGGAAAUGCGUAUUUCAUUGCUGGAUGAAAUUGGCAAUGGACGACGACCUAAAUUUUCUUACAUUAGAGAAAAUACUAUAUAUCAAAGUGCAUAUGUACAGUUUUCACUGGCUCGUAUUGCAGAUGAUGAUUGUUGUUCAAAGUGUAAGGGGGAUUGCCUUUCAUCCUCAGUACCUUGUGCAUGUGCCCGUGAAACUGGAGGAGAAUUUGCUUAUACAUCAGAAGGGCUUCUCAGAGAAGAAUUUCUUCGAGAUAGUAUUUCUAUGUAUCAAGAACCUCUGAAGCAUUACCACUUCUAUUGUGAAGAUUGCCCCUUAGAGAGAGCUAAGAAUAUUCAUAGGCCAGAAAAAUGCAAGGGCCACUUAGUAAGGAAGUUCAUCAAAGAAUGCUGGAGAAAAUGUGGCUGCAAGAUGAGUUGUGGAAACCGUGUUGUACAGCGAGGAAUAACACGGAAAUUGCAGGUGUUCAUGACGGCUGAUGGUAAAGGCUGGGGUGUUCGGACACUUGAGGAGUUGCCAAAAGGUGCAUUUGUGUGUGAGUAUGUCGGGGAGAUAUUAACCAACAUUGAGUUGUAUGAGCGGAAUAAACGAAGAGGUGGCGAAAAGCACACAUACCCUGUCCUAUUAGAUGCAGAUUGGAGUUCUGAAGGAGUUCUGAAGGAUGAAGAUGCACUUUGCUUGGAUGCAACAUACUAUGGAAAUGUUGCGAGGUUUAUCAAUCAUAGGUGCUCUGAUGGGAAUUUGAUCGAGAUACCAGUUCAGAUUGAAACUCCUGACCAUCAUUAUUACCAUAUUGCAUUUUUCACCAAUCGAAAAGUGAAUGCUUUUGAAGAGCUAACAUGGGAUUAUGGUAUUGACUUUUACGAUAUUAACCAUCCCAUCAAAGCGUUUAAAUGCUCCUGCGGAAGUCCUGGCUGUAGGGAUCGAAAAGGAAAAGGAAUUUCAUCGAAAAACUCGCAGUUUAAGCAACCUGCAAGCAGGGGAUGAUGAUGACAGAAUUGACAUAUUAGCUAUUUUUAUUGUUCCUGAAACUCCUCCAGCUGUUUUAGUUUUGAUUCCAACAUUCAAAGGAAAUAUUUUAGGCAAGUGGCUAUGUACUUCCAAUGUUCCAUUACUGUCCUAGGAGAAUCUUCAUUCGAUCCAUUCACAAA